UUUGCGCCUCGAAUGGCUUUUCGAGUUUCUUGGAGACUCCCACGCACGAGUCAGCACUCGACUUGACCAGUGGUGAUCAAUUCACAUAGUUCCUCGCCCGUGGAGACUUCCUCCGUCCUACGCAAACAACUCAAACCCCGACCAGACACCGACAACACUCUCACCACAUUCUCGCACUUCGACCUCGGUAUCACUACAUGGAAAUCGAACACCGCAUGGAUGUAUAUGAUGGGUACCCGUCGUAUCAAUGCAGACCUCUUAUCUCUGAACUGAUCCUCUAGUCAAUUCCUUAUCUUUACCUUCCAGUGCCAAGCAUUUCCAAUAUGCCUCUCAUCCUGACAGAAGAAGACAAACCCUGGGUAGUCCAGAAGUACGGCGGCACAUCGCUUGGAAAACUUCUUCCUCAAAUCACAGAAACCAUCAUUCCCUCAUAUCUCGAAACGAACAAAGUAGCUGUUGUCUGUUCCGCCAUCUCAGGAACAGAAAAAGCGAAAGGCACGACAAGUCUCCUGCUUAAAGCCAUCGAAUGCGCCAUUACUCCAACUCGAAAGGAUGAACUCAACGAUAUCAUUGAUACCAUCCGAGAUGAGCAUUUCAAGGCCAUCAAAGCAUUGAAACUUCGAGCAGCAAUUGGAAACGAGAAGCUGUUUUCAGAAGCAGAAGCAGAUGUGGUUACAGAAUGCGAAGAACUUCGAAGUUUCCUCUCAGCAGCACAAACGAUAGGAGAACUUUCUCCAAGAUCAAAAGAUAGAGUUGUUUCCACUGGCGAGAAACUAUCAUGCAUCAUCGUCGCCGCCGCUCUCCGCAGCAACGGAAUUCCCGCUCAUCUCGUCUCCCUACACAACAUCGUCCCUCUCACCAACGACCAUACCCUCAACUCCACUUUCUUCGACACUCUCUCCUCCCAUCUGAGCUCACAUCUAGCCACAUACCCCCAAACCUCAAUCCCCGUCAUAACAGGCUUCUUCGGCCCCCUCCUCCCCUCGCUCCUCCAAACCAUCGGAAGAGGCUACACCGACCUCUGCGCGGCCUUAACAGCAACCGCGCUCUCCGCCCCCGAACUCCAGAUCUGGAAAGAAGUCGACGGCAUCUUCACCGCUGACCCUCGAAAGGUACCUUCAGCACGCCUCCUCGAGACCGUGACGCUGGAAGAAGCGAGCGAGCUGACCUUCUUCGGAAGCGAGGUCCUGCAUCCGGGAGUCGGGGAGGUGGUUAAGAGGGCGGGGACGAGGGUGAGGGUGCUGAAUGUUGGGAGGCCUGAGGGGAGGGGGACGGUGAUUUGGCCGAGUUCGAGUGGGGUCAGUACGCCACUUUCUAGAUCAGGGGAUUCUUCUGCGUUGGGGGUGUCGUCUAGGUCGAAUUCUCCUGCGAGUGGGUUUAUGGCAGCGAAUGGGUAUUAUGGGGUGAAUCAGGCGAGGAGAGCGCCGACGGCACUGACGUCGAAGGAUGCGAUUGUGCUUGUGAAUGUGCAGUCGAAUCGGCAGAGUAAAUCGCAUGGGUUUCUUGCAAAGGUGUUUAAUGUUCUUGAUGGGUUGGACAUUACGGCGGAUUUGAUUACGAGUAGUGAACAGAGUGUGAGUCUUGCUUUGUCAAAUGUUGGGGAGAAUGAGGAGGGUAUUGGGAGAGUAGUCAAGGGACUGGAGAAUUGUGGAAAAGUUGAAGUUCAGAAGGGGAUGGCGAUUGUGAGUGUGAUUGGGCAUAAGAUGAGGAAUAUGGUUGGGAUUGCUGGGCAGAUCUUCUCGACGCUUGCGAGUGGCGGAGUCAAUAUUUACUUGAUCGGACAGGGAGCCAGUGAGAUCAACAUCUCGUUAGUUAUCAAGGAAGAAGAUGCAUUGGUGGCGCUAGAUAUCAUACAUGCUGAUGUGCUUGGAAUUCCAAGGAUCAAGACUCAUAUGCCAAUUGCCCAGAACAGCAUGAUGAAAGGACCAUGGUUGUAUUAACACACUCUAUACCAAACAAGAUUUCAGAAGUAUACAGAAAGACAUUUAGACACAGAGCAACGAGAGAAAAGAAAGGGGAU